UAAUCUCAAACCCCACUUGAAGAUGUUUGUCUUUCCUUCACAGUUCACACAUUCUUGUUCAACAUUACUUGCAUAUCUUGCAAUCCUCUAUUUCGCCAUUAACAAAACCCUCCAACUUCCACAUUCUUCCCAUCUUCACUUCAAAUCCAACCCUUCAGCUGCCCCCAUUGAAUCAAAAUCAUCAACCGUCAACAUAAAAUUAAAAAAAAAAAAAAAAGUCAAGACUCUCUCCAUUUCCUCCUACUUUCUCUCCACCAAAUCCCAACCAACUUAAUGACUAAGUUAUAACAAAUACACAAUGUUGAAAAAGCUGAGAAGAAGAGUUAAAAUUGUAGUCACCAAGCCCUUUAAAAAGCCCAAGAAACCCUUUAAACCCUCCACUUCAGUUUGUCCACCACCACCACCAGCCCCUGAAUCUGAAUCUGAACCUGAACCUGAACCAGAAGUAGAACCUGAACCUGAAACGCCGGCUAUGGAGCAUCAUCAUUACAAAAGGCGACAAGCCUCACCCUUUCUGUUCCCUAAAACAGAGUCCACCGUACUCCCUGAUCCUUCCCUUUUCUUCUCUCGGACUCUCCUGUCAUCCCCUCUCCCCACAAAUUCUUUCUUUCAAAAUUUCACGCUCAAAGCUGGCGAUCAGCCCGAAUACAUCCACCCGUAUCUUAUUAAAUCAUCCCAGUCUUCACUUUCUGUCUCCUACCCAUCUCAGUUCCACAACUCUGCUUUCAUAUACCAAGUUUUCAAUGCUGAUUUGAUCAUCUCAGGGUCGAAUAAAACCGGCCCGGAUUCGCAGCAAAGUCACGUAAUUUCCUCUUACAGUGAUCUCAGUGUCACUCUUGAUAUCCCCUCUUCACAUCUUCGUUUCUUUCUUGUUAGAGGAAGCCCUUUUGUUACCUGCUCUGUCACAAGUAAUAUUCCCAUUUUGAUAUCAACCAUUCAUGCUAUUCUCUCCCUUGAAACCAAUACAUCACUUAACAAGUGCACCAUUAAACUUAACAAUAACCAAACUUGGGUUUUGUAUUCGUCUUCACCCAUCAAUUUGAGUCAAAGUGGUGUUUCUUCAAUCGUUGCUGGCGGGUUUAAAGGCAUUAUUCGGAUUGCUGCGGUGCCAGAUUCUGAUCCUCAAUAUCAGUCGAUUCUUGAUCGGUUCAGUUCGUGCUAUCCGCUUUCAGGUGAUGCUGUUUUCACGAAGCCAUUUUGUUUAGAAUACAAAUUUGAAAAGAAAGGUUGGGGUGAUUUACUUAUGUUAGCGCAUCCUUUGCAUCUUAAACUAUUAUCUAGGGAUGAUAGUGAUGUAACUGUUUUAGAGGAUUUUAAGUAUAAAGGUAUAGAUGGUGAUCUUGUUGGUGUUGUAGGCGAUUCUUGGGUAUUGAAACUGGAUUCGGCUUCGGUAACUUGGCAUUCAAUUAAUGGAAUUGGAGAAGAAUCAUAUGAUGAAAUAGUUUCAGCUCUUCGUAAGGAUGUUGAUGCCGUGCAUUCAAGUCCUAUAACCACGACCUAUUUUUAUGGGAAAUUGAUUGCUAGAGCAGCAAGAUUGGCUUUGAUAGCUGAAGAGGUGUCUUUUCUUGAUGUAAUACCACUGAUAAGGAAGUUCUUGAAGGAUACAAUUGAGCCCUGGUUAGAUGGGACUUUUAGUGCAAAUGGUUUUCUGUAUGAUGGAAAAUGGGGUGGAAUUGUGACAAAACAAGGCUCAGUAGAUACUGGAGCAGAUUUUGGAUUUGGAGUGUACAAUAACCACCAUUACCAUUUGGGAUACUUUGUUUAUGCAAUUGCUGUACUUGCAAAGAUUGAUCCAGCUUGGGGGAGGAAGUAUAGGCCUCAAGCUUAUUCACUUAUGGCUGAUUUUAUGAACUUGGGGCGGAAAGCAAAUUCAAAUUAUCCACGUUUGAGAUGCUUUGACUUGUACAAGUUGCAUUCUUGGGCUGGAGGGUUAACUGAAUUUUGGGAUGGGAGGAAUCAAGAGAGCACAAGUGAGGCUGUGAACGCAUACUAUUCAGCGGCUUUGAUGGGGCUAGCGUAUGGAGACACCCACCUUGUGGCCACUGGAUCAAUGCUAGCCUCAAUGGAGAUUCAGGCAGCACAGACAUGGUGGCAUAUAAGAGAGCAAGACACUCUGUAUGACAAAGAUUUCACUCGAGAGAAUAGAGUGGUAGGUGUUUUGUGGGCUAACAAAAGAGAUAGUGGACUCUGGUUUGCUCCUCCUGAUUGGAGAGAGUGUAGGCUUGGCAUUCAACUGCUCCCCCUAUUGCCAAUCACUUAGGUUUUGUUUUCUGAUGUUGGAUUCACGAGAGAACUUGUGCAGUGGACAUUACCGGCUUUAGGAAGAGAGGGAGUUGGAGAAGGAUGGAAGGGUUUUGUUUAUGCUUUGGAAGGGAUUUAUGACAAAGAAAAUGCUUUGCAGAAGAUCAGAAACUUGAACGGUUAUGAUGAUGGGAACUCACUUACUAAUCUCUUAUGGUGGAUUCACAGUAGGGGUGAUGAAGAGGAAGAAGGAUGCGGUGGACUGGGGAAAUUGUGCUGGUUUCAUCACUACUGUCACUAAUCUCUUAUUUUUAUAUCAGCCUGUCCCUUCGUUCAUGGGGAUUUAGUCUAGGCUUCAUCCGGAUUUGAUUGCUAGUUUAUACUUGAUGUAU